GACGACCACAAACUAGUGUCCUUUGACGUGAAUUCCCUGUUCACCAUUAUUCCACUUCAACUGGCUCUAGACUGUACUGAGAACGCUAUUAAGAACUCUACUGUUGAACUACCACUACCUACAGACGACAUCAUAGACCUACUCAACCUCUGUUUGACUUCGACGUACUUUCAGUGCAACGGCAAACACUACAAACAGUUACACGGUACAGCUAUGGGCUCUCCAGUUUCUUUUGUUGUAGCAGAAAUGGUCAUGCAAAACAUCGAGGAACAAGCCCUAGCUACCAACACGCGAACUGUACCUCUUUGGUUACGUUACGUUGACGACACAUUCUCUGCCGUACACAAAGACGGAAUCGACGAUUUCACCGAACUCCUUAACAGACAGAACGCGGACAUAAAGUUCACCAAGGAGAUCGAAGAAAAUGGCAAAAUACCUUUUCUAGACUGCUUGGUCACUCGCGACAACAACAAACUAAAAACGACUAUUAACAGAAAACCGACACAUACCGACCGAUUACUAGACCAGUUUUCGUACAACCAGACCUCUCACAAGGCUACUACUAUCCGGACUCUGAUGAGACGAGCG